CUCAGAUAAGCUUCCAAACUUGAGCCAUUUACACUUCAAAAGCAGCACUUAGAAACACUGGUCGUUUGACAGUCACUAAAAGUGAAAAUAUGCUCAGAAGGCAGAACAGAACACUUAAAGAUGUUCCAAGAGAAGUGAGGCUCUCUUUGGAAAUCUUAGACAAUAUUUUGGAUGAAUUUGAUCAAGAAAACGAUGUAUCUACGGCAAAGUAUUUAUUUUACUGCAGGAAUAUGGCAGAUGUUCCUCGUGAUGUCAGGCAUUCUUUGGAAAUACUGGAUAAUAUUCUCGAUGAGUACGAUAUACAGGAUAAUGAAGCUGCAAGUCGAAAAUACACUCCCAGUGAAACUGAUCUGAGGAAAAUCGAAGAUAUACCUCCAGAGGUUUGUAAAUCACUGAAUAUGUUAGAUAGUGUGCUGGAUGAAGUCAAGAACGAAGCAGUGCAGAAACGUACGGUAAAGCGCACGCAGCGUAGUGAUGGAUCUCUCAUUAGAAAAGAGAGACACGAAGAUAUUCGACGAUCUUUGGAAGUUCUUGACAGCGUUUUAGCGGAGUUUGAUGACUGCUUGGAUUCCUGGGAUUCCUCACUCAUUUUGCAGAAUGGUAAAUGCUUGGAAAAUGAUGUUUCUGAAACGAGAAGCAGAUGGGAGCAAGGGGAAUCUAAUAAUGAAUUCACUGAUUAUUCGUACACCUCUGAUGACAAAUUCUCUAACAAGAAUCAAUCAACAGAUGGCAGCACUAGUCAUAACAAUCGGACGCAUUUUCAAGAACAGGCCAAAAUUAAUUCGCCACCUCCUAUACCAAAGAGAAGUCCAGGAACAAAAUUGAGUGAGCGAGAUAGUGAUGUUUUUAAUUUUUCAACAGACAAUGCUUCUUUGGAUAGUUUCGACUCCGCGCCGCAAAGCAAUCAGGGUCGCUUAUCUCAACAUCAUCACGCAAAGAGACCGAUAAACGAUUUAUCAGCAGAAGAAAAUGGAGACAUAGAAAAUGGCGACGUGUUUCAUCAUCGAAAUGGUGUUUGUGAAUCUGGAAAAUGUGCAAAUUGCGGUUGUGAGCUGGAAGAAACUAUUGAUAAACUCAUCAUGAAUUCUGAAGAAGGCAAAAGCUUUUCUUCUCCAUUCCAGCAGAGAAAACAAAUGUUUGAAGAUAAAAUCGCAGAAGCUUCUGCAAGCGCGUUAAAUGCAGAAUUAAACAUACGGCAAAAAGGAUCGAGUUUCAAGUCAAAGAAAAAAGACCAGAUGCAGGUAUCUGAGAUAGACAUUGCAGACUUAUCUCCGGAGAGUGGAUUCGAGGGAAGCAGCCAUUCGUCAUUACAGCCGUCGGAUGAUUUAUCAGCAGACUCGUCAUUAGAUGUGAAAAUACCUCAGCCUACCUCAAGCGAAAUAUUAUCAUCUCAGUACCAUGCUGCAAACUGCACAUGUAAAGAAAGGAUUCGUAAACUUGAUCAGAGAUUUGCAGAAACACGAAGGCGUUUAAAACUGAAUAAAAUAAAAGGUCUUGAGAAGAAACCUCCAUCUUUUGUGCCGCCUUCGCCACCUGGAACUGCGAAGGGAAACAAAACUGAAACAUUCUCCCUCCAGCGAAUGAACAAAUUUAUGGAGACAUCGAGAAUUUCUGAGAACGCGACAGCUGAAACUUCCUGCUCUUAUGUUACCAGUUCGUCGAAAUAUGAUACCUCUCCAGAUGGAAUUGAUGAUACUGACUCCUUCCACACGGCAACUACUAGUUUUAUCGAUGAUCCCAUUGAAGAUGAGCACAAACUUACUUGCCAGAAAAUUACAAACUCUCUCAACUCCAAGAACUUCAGUCCACAAAUGAAAUUUUGCAGUCGAUGCUCUAGAACCAUUCCUGCGCCUUUAGUGCAAACGAUCGAAGAUUUGCCAAAUCUUCUGCCAACCGAUGCACUCAAUAGGCCACAGUUAGGGUUAUCAUAUUCAAUGGAAGAUGACUUAUCUCCCGGUGUAAAAGAAAUCCGUCAGACAUCUACUCCUAAAAGUGAUAUAUCGCCUUCGUCUAGCGGGAAUGCCAAAGAAGUGUCCAGCUUGUCUACUUUCAGCCUUUCUGCGAGCAGUCUGGGUUAUGUCUCUAGUCAGAGUGACUUGGAGCUCAACAGUUCACUGACAGAACCCGAUAAAGUGCCAGUAUCUACUCUAAGGUCAAAAACCUUACCAAUAGGUGUGAAUCUUACUCCUUCACCUUUCUAUUCCGCCGUCGACAACAAUCAUGAAAAUGAUUAUAAUGAUAAUAGAUUAUUCAAAGAUCAGAAAUUCAGUGAUAGUUACAGUGAAGAUAUACAGCUCAGAAGCUCCAGCGCUCCUCCCUUGCCGGAACUAGAAAAACAGAAAAAGAAACAUUUCCGGGGCUUCAGCCGGAAAGAAAAGAAAGAUAAAAAGAAGAACGAAGAUAACGUAUCUGUGAAGUCGGAUUUCUCUCUAGAUGAAGGAAUCAUUUUAAAGAAAAUUGAAGCACUAGAUGGCGGCACUGACGUGUAUGAUGCUGGUGACAAAAACGAAGCCGUGGUGGAAAAGAAAAGGAGAAGCAUAUGGCACAGCAUUAUGGGAAAGAAAUGAUUUAGACUUUUUUUUUUUUUAUUUUAUUGGCAAACUAGAUUUUUGAAUCAAAUUGUAUAAAUUAAGAAUGUGUUAAUACUUUUUGUGUAAAAAAAAGCCUUGUAAAGGAAUAAAAAUGAAUAUAUAUUCUGUGUA